AUGGCUUCAAUAAAAUUAGUAUCAUUCGAGGAAGAAUUAAAGAAGAAUCCGAAAUUGAAAGAGUCAGAUAUACAAAUAUUGAGAGAAUGGUGCAAGAAACAGCCUCAUCUACCCAAAAUAACAGAUAGCGAAUUUGCAUUAUUCUUGCAUAGUAAUUAUUAUCAACUAGAGCCAACGAAAUCUACUAUCGAUAAUUUCUUCACAGUUAGGACUCAUGUACCCGAGUUCUUUUAUAAUAGAGACCUUAAUAAUAAUAAGGAACUAAAACAGGCAAUUGAAGUAAUAACGAUUCAAUCUUUGGAAAGAAAUACAAGAGAAGGUUAUAAAAUAAUUUAUGGAAGACUACUAGAUAACGAACCAUCAAAAUAUGUUUUCAACGAUGCCAUAAAAUUGCUAUUUAUGGUAAUGGAUUUAUGUCUCUAUACAGAAAACAUUUGCGAUGGUUAUGUAUUUGUAUGCGACAUGAAAGACUUUUCUUUGGGCCACAUAAACCGUCUGAAUCUUAUAUUCCUAAAAAAAUUCUUUUAUUAUCUACAAGAAGGAUUGCCUAUUAGAUUGAAGAGUUCUCAUCUCAUAAAUAUUUCUCCGAUAAUAGAUAUGCUUUUGAAUAUGGUAAAACCUUUAAUGAAAAAACAGCUGAUGGAUACGAUUUAUACUCAUACUACGAACGAUACUUUGGAGAAAUUUGUACCGCUCGACAUUCUUCCAAACGAAGCAGGCGGCCAAGGCAGUUCUGUACAGGAGUUACAUAAUAAACAAAUACAAAAAUUGGUAGAUCACUUUGCUUGGUUCAGAGAGGAAGAAGCUAAUCAUCGUGUUAAUGAAUCACUACGACCGGGCAAGGCAAAAACAGUAAUGGAUUUAUUUGGUGUUGAAGGAACCUUUAAGAAGCUUGAGAUUGAUUGA